CGAUACGUGUCAGGAACUGAAUCAAUCAGGUCCAUCUUAUUGCACCCACUUCAAUCAUCAACAAUCCCCAUACUCAGUUCAUACCCCCAGAAAAAACAAAAUUAUAAUUUUCCCCAAAAACAAUUGUUGGCAAAGGGAAACUCCUAAUCUGUCUGAAUCUCAGCAGCAGCAUCUAAAGAACCAAAAUAGGUUUGACCUGUUAAGAACCCAAAAAAUUGUACUUUGGCAUGAAGGGUUAGCAGAUAUGUGUGUGCAUUAGUGAUAAGAACAUAUUGGCAGUUGCUUUUAUAUUGAAAGAAUGUUUGUUACAGCCAGUGGGGUUGACAUUGAUGAAAUGGGGUACGCCAUGAGUAGGCUAGAGAUAGAAUCCGAGUUGUUCGAUGGCGGUAAUACUGUCCAUGAAGCCAGUAGCAGUACUAGGCCCGGCAAACUGUUUCCUAAAGUAGAUGACGAGAUUUCCCAGCUUACAAACCUCAGAUCAGGGCCUAAUGAUCGACUGCAUCAACUUGUGCCCGGAAAGCAGCAAUUACCUGUUUCCCCGGUGAGGAUGUUGGCAGGUCGAGAAAGUAAUUAUUCAGGAAAGGGAAGGUUCUCGUCAGCGGAUCGUUGUCACAUGCUUAGCAGGUAUUUGCCUGUAAAUGGUCCUUGGCUUGUGGACCAGACGACCAGUCGGGCCUAUGUUUCUCAAUUUUCAGCUGAUGGUUCUCUAUUUGUUGCCGGGUUUCAGGGAAGCAAUAUUAGGAUAUACAAUGUGGAUAGAGGUUGGAAAGUUCAAAAGAACAUUCUUGCUAAAAGUUUGCGUUGGACAGUUACCGACACGUCCCUUUCUCCGGAUCAGCGGUACCUUGUUUAUACCAGCAUGUCGCCUGUAGUUCACAUUGUUAAUGUUGGGUCUUCUACCACGGAAUCCUUUGCAAAUGUCACGGAGAUCCACGAAGGAUUGGACUUUUCUUCUAAUGAUCGAAGGUAUUCUUUUGGAAUAUUCUCCGUGAAAUUUUCAACUGAUGGACGAGAACUUGUGGCUGGAAGCAGUGAUGACUCGAUAUAUGUUUAUGAUCUGGAAGCAAACAAGCUUUCCCUUCGAAUUAUGGCACACACGGCUGAUGUUAACACGGUAACCUUUGCCGAUGAAAGCGGCAAUUUGAUAUAUUCCGGGAGUGAUGAUAACCUCUGCAAGGUGUGGGAUAGGCGUUGCUUUGUAGCAAAAGAUAAGCCGGCAGGAGUCUUGGUGGGACACUUGGAAGGUAUUACAUUCCUCGACAGUCGUGGGGAUGGUCGUUAUUUCAUAUCAAACGGUAAAGAUCAGACUAUCAAGCUUUGGGAUAUCCGGAAAAUGUCCUCCGAUACCUCUUGCAAUUUAGGGUAUCGGAAUUUCGAAUGGGAUUACAGAUGGAUGGACUACCCUCCACAGGCUAGAGAUUUGAAACACCCAAGUGACGGAUCAGUGGCUACUUAUAAAGGUCACUCAGUGUUGCGCACUCUUAUUCGCUGUUAUUUUUCACCCGAAUACAGUACGGGCCAAAAGUACAUUUACACCGGAUCUCACGAUUCUCGGGUUUAUAUUUAUGAUGUGGUCACCGGAGCCCAAGUUGCGGUACUGAAGCACCAUACAUCACCAGUAAGAGACUGUAGUUGGCACCCGCAUUACCCUGUGUUGGUCAGCUCCUCUUGGGACGGGGACGUGGUUAAGUGGGAAUUCCCUGGUAACGGAGAAGCGCCGGUCCUUGCGAACGAGAGGAGAGUCAGGAGGCAAUAUUACGAUUGAAGGCGGCGAUCCGUAAGCUAUAAUCAUACUACGUAUACGGUAUUUGUUAACUGUAUCUACAUGUUUUUUUAAGUAGCAGCUCCGGUAUAUCUUACAUUAUUUGAUCCAAUAAGGUGUAAUCAUUUAAGGAAAUGAUUACACAUCCAUGUAUAAAAAGUUUUAGUUGCAUAGUGCAUAUAAAUAAACCAUACAACUCCCUUGUUUUGCUAAAGAA